GUUUGCGGCAGGGUUCAUUUCCCCCAAUACCAUACCUGUGAAUGAGGGUCAUUUUUGGAUACGCCCACCGCCCUUCAUAAUGCUUAAGAACUUUCCCAUCUACCACAGAUUACGCGACAAGGCGCCGUCAACAUGAGAAAGACGCGUCGAUUACCUCAUUACACACAUGGACACCUUCCGAAUCCGCCUCAACUGCGUGGACCACUACCAAGCGGUCCCAGUUGACGGGCUGGAUCCUUUACUACCUCUCGGUGCCGGCAUCCAGAAUCCCAAUGACAGGCCUCGACUCUCGGUCAUUCGCGUUUUUGGCGCAACCCCAACGGGGCAAAAGGUGUUGAUGCACAUCCAUGGGGCGCUUCAAUAUACCUAUAUCGAGUACAGCGGUAGUCUGGUCCCUGAAGACGUCGAUGUGGCCAUUCGCACGCUGCAGCUCUCGAUCGAUCACGCCUUGGCCGUGAGCUACCGCAAGAAUAUCUACGAAGGAAAACAUCGAUAUGUUGCCCACAUCUCCUUGGUCAAGGGCAUUCCGUUCUAUGGCUUCCACGUUGGAUACAAGUUCUACCUCAAGAUAUAUUUGCUGAAUCCGCUGCACAUGACGAGGCUGGCCGAUCUGUUGCGUGAAGGAGCAGUUAUGAAGAGAGUGUUGCAACCAUACGAAAGUCACAUGCAAUACCUCGCGCAAUGGAUGUGCGACUACAAUCUUUAUGGGUGUGGCUAUAUCGACUGCCAGAAAGUCAAGUUUCGUGCGCCGGUCCCUAAAUAUGCCGACUUGACCAAUCCAAUGCACCAAUGGCACGACCUUUCCAUUCCCUUCGACGCCAUUUUUGACGAUGCCCAACUAUCCAAGCAGAGCCACUGUGCACUCGAGGUGGACGUGCACGUCAAGGAUAUUCUGAACCGCAGAGACGUUCACGCUCGCACACUGCAUCACGACUUCAUUGAGCGCACUCACCCUAUCCCGGCAGAUGACAAGCUAGUGCAGAGCAUGGCUGGGCUCUGGAAAGAUGAGACUCGACGGCGAAAGAUGCGAAUGGGCCUCAAAGACCCGAAUAGCAGUCCGUUCCCUCCAGAGGUUAUGAUAUCCAUGUCGGCAGAUCCAAGAAAUACCGCUGGUGGGGGGUGGAUCCAUGAACAUGAAUUUCGUCAGAAGGUUGCUGAGCUUGCAGCCGAAGAGCUGGACAAGAGUGACAAGCAGAAGAUAUCUUUCGACACUUUUGUGAAGCCCACAUCCCUCGAGGGCUCUGUUCGCACAGCAUUGGAGAGCAUCGACGACUUGUAUCCGGACAGAAUCAGAUUGCUCCGGCCGACAAAUCCCAAUGACAGUCUCAAUGGCAACAACCCUGCACAAGAGGAGCACCGUCAGACUGUAAUUGAUCAAUCUCGAUUGGGGGCGUACGGAGAUGGCUCAGGCUCCAGCAUGGAUGUAGUCGACUCCGAGGAAGGAUCGUCUGAUCGGUCACCACAAACAGAAGGUCAGAAUGUCAAUAAUGCCAAAGCUGCCGACAGGCAAGUCUUGACACCUAUCAGCUCCUCUGAAUAUGAACGAUAUGGCAUUCGCCCUGCCGGUGACCCGGCACACUUUGAUGAAGACGCAUUUGAAGUAACACAGGAAUAUCUAAGCACUCAUGCUGAAGUCACGAAUGGCACCAAAAGGGCACGAUUCGGAGAGACACCAACUUUCAAACCGAGAAAGAGGCAGAGGCACUUGGUUGAUUGCGAGAACAUUUUGCCUGACUUCGGGGAUUGGGACUCGGAGGAGGAACCAGAUUUCUCGAAUGAGGAUGACACGGUCGGUCCAGGCGCAGAACCAACAGAAGAAGAGAUGCGAAACGUCCUCUUGCCCCAAGCUACCGUCGAUCAUGUUUCUCUCAUGGGCCAACAACCCCGAUCAAAGAAUACGUUCGUAGAUGGACCGACCUCUGCGAAUCUCUCACAACAAUCGACAUUGUCUUUUCCAACGGUCAAAGAUCCGACCGAUCCUGCUACUAUACUCCGAUUGAGCCAGAAAAGCACUGCUUCUCAAAAUAAUUCGAAGGGCUCGACGACUGAGCCUCCAAUAUCUCCUGCGACGCUGAAGACUCCCGCAAAGUCUGCGUGUACUACCUCAGAACAAAAACAAAUGCCUCCCACCAUAGGCACAAGCAUCAAGUCGUCUAAAUUACUCGAUUUCAGUCUCCGAGGUCUCCCAAAAUGGCGAGAAGGGAACCGUUUGCAGUUGUAUCAACCUCGCCCGCCAAGUUUCAAACAGGUUGAGUCGACUACGUGGCAGAGCGGUCUCCCGGAUGUGAUCUAUCAAGAAGCAUACUAUAGCCGCGAGGAGGAUGUCCCUAACCAGUCUAGAGAAUAUGCAGGUCGCGAGUUCAAGCUUGAGAGUGCAACGGUGCCGUAUCUGCCCGAUUUUGAUGCCACUGGCACGUCCUUGGCAACAUUUGGUCGGAAACCUCCAUCCCUGCUAGAUUCGGCGGCCGAAAAAGUUCGUGAUAAUCAGAGACGCAAACGCUGUACUAUUUCUGAAUGGGCCAUAGCUGCGGCUCCCCCUCGAAAAGUUGAUGUGCUCUCUUGGUUGGAAGAAGAAAACGACGCAAAACUCUCCGGAAAACAAGCUGGCAAAGUAAGAGCGCGAGGCAGGGAACUUUCACAAAUCGAUGGCCCAACGCAGAAGAACGAGUACGGCUUCAAGUAUUCUCAGAAGCAGCCCAGUACCAGUGUGCAGCAUGAGACGCAAUAUAUGAACAUGAUGAGUAUGGAGGUCCAUAUCAAUACUCGAGGUUCUCUUGCACCAAACCCGGAUGAGGAUGCCAUUGCUUGCAUAUUUUGGUGUGCCCAGACCGACGAUGACGGUAUUGACGCCGAUACAAGCAAGAGUGGCCUCCAUGUCGGAAUUCUUGCUGUUGCUGGAGAUUCGCAGACUGCCCAAAGGAUUGCACGCAAUGUCCCAUACAAAGUUGAGGAAGAGUCCACCGAACUUGACGUUCUGACCAGAUUUGUCGACAUUGUGAGGUUGUACGAUCCUGAUGUUCUCACCGGUUACGAAGUGCACAAUAGCUCGUGGGGAUAUCUCAUUGAAAGAGCACGGAUCAAGUACGACCUCAACUAUUGUGAUGAGCUGUCCAGAAUGAAGUCUCAAUCCCACGGUAGAUUUGGCAAGGAAGACGACCGCUGGGGCUUCAACCACACCUCGACUGUUCGUGUCACCGGUCGACACACCAUCAAUAUCUGGAGGGCCAUGCGCGGCGAACUGAACCUGCUUGGCUAUACUAUGGAGAAUGUCGUCUAUCACUUGUUACAUCAAAGAAUACCGCAUUAUAGCUUUGCUGAUUUGACGAGGUGGUACAGAAGCAAGAACCCUCGCGACCAGGCCAAAGUCAUCGAGUACUUCACUUCGAGAGCACAGAUCGAUAUUGAAAUUCUUGAAGCCAACGAGCUGAUCCCGAGAACAAGCGAACAGGCCCGUUUGUUGGGUGUUGACUGGUUCUCGGUCAUAUCGCGCGGGUCGCAAUUCAAGGUAGAGUCCUUGAUGUUUCGCAUAGCAAAACCGGAGAACUUUAUCCUAGUAUCGCCCAGUCGCAGACAAGUGGGAGGUCAGAACGCGUUGGAGUGCUUACCACUGGUCAUGGAGCCUCAAAGCGACUUCUACAGUAGCCCACUACUGGUACUCGACUUUCAGUCUCUUUACCCCAGCGUCAUGAUAGCCUACAACUAUUGCUACUCAACUUUUCUCGGUCGAGUCGUUGGCUGGCGAGGUGCCAACAAAAUGGGCUUUACAAAUUAUCGUCGGGAACCGAGGCUACUAGAACUCCUCAAGGAUUAUAUCAACAUCGCGCCAAAUGGGAUCAUGUAUGCAAAACCCGAGAUCCGAAAGUCCCUGCUGGCAAAGAUGCUGAGUGAGAUUCUCGAGACCCGGGUCAUGGUCAAGAGUGGGAUGAAGGUGGACAAGGAUGACAAGAUGUUGCAGAGGCUGUUGAAUAACAGACAACUUGCCCUGAAGCUUAUUGCCAAUGUCACUUACGGCUAUACUUCUGCAUCCUUUUCCGGUAGGAUGCCCUGCUCUGAGAUCGCGGACAGCAUCGUACAGACCGGUCGAGAAACGCUCGAGAAAGCCAUUGCUCUGAUCCACUCGGUCGAGCGAUGGGGUGCGGAAGUGGUCUAUGGCGAUACCGACAGUCUCUUCGUCUAUCUCAAAGGUCGAACACGGGAGCAAGCCUUCAACAUCGGUGAAGAGAUUGCCGACACAAUCACGAAGAUGAAUCCUCGACCGGUCAAGUUGAAGUUCGAGAAGGUCUAUCAUCCCUGUGUUUUGCUUGCGAAGAAAAGAUAUGUGGGGUUUAAGUACGAAAGUCGCCACCAGACUGUGCCAGACUUCGAUGCCAAAGGGAUCGAGACCGUCCGACGAGAUGGCACUCCAGCCGAACAAAAGAUUGAGGAAACUGCGUUGAAGUUGCUGUUUCGCACCGCCGACUUAAGUCAGGUCAAAGCAUUUUUCCAGUCUCAAUGUGCCAAAAUCAUGCAAGGCAGAAUUUCGAUUCAAGAUUUCUGUUUCGCUAGAGAAGUCAAGCUCGGGACCUACAGUGACAAACAGCCCCCACCUCCUGGUGCACUCAUCAGCGCUCGAAAAAUGGUGGAGGAUCCGAGACUGGAGCCUCAAUAUGGAGAACGAGUACCUUAUGUGGUCGUCACGGGUGGACCGGGUGCAAGGUUGAUUGAUCGUUGCGUGGCGCCGGAGGUCUUGCUCAACGACGCGCACUCGGAGCUUGAUGCGGAAUAUUACAUUUCAAAGAAUAUCAUCCCACCUCUUGAGCGGAUCUUCAACCUUGUAGGGGCCAAUGUCCGUCAAUGGUACGACGAAAUGCCGAAAUACCAACGAAUCAGGAGGGUGGACGCUGGGCUUGGUGCAGACGGGAAAAUCGGUGCCAGGGCUCAAAAGACUCUGGAGUCAUACAUGAAAUCGUCGACGUGUCUUGUCUGUCGUGAGCGACUGGACACUCCAGCCCCUCUGUGUGACAAGUGUGCUCGGCAAUCUUCACAGACUAUGCUUGCACUACGGUCGAGACUCAUGAAAGCAGAGAGAAAAGCGGCACAACUGGCCAAGGUCUGCCGGUCCUGCUCGGGAUUCGGAUGGAAUGAGGAAAUACGGUGUGAUAGCAAGGACUGUCCUGUCUUCUACUCACGGACUAGACAGAGGACUGCCCUUGCGAAUGAUGAAGCCCAGAUUCUGCCUAUCUUGGAAACUUUAGAGAAGGUGAAUGAUGGGGGAAUAGAGUGGUGAGGUAUUGCAUUUACGAGGGGAGCGAGCAUUGGUUCUUGGAUAGCAUAGCAUGGUUUCAGGGGUUGGUUGGAUACGCGGUAGGGGACAGGGACUGGUGCAUGAGAUACCCACUGGCUUAUGAGGCGGCAACACAGGACAGAAUAUGUGAACAUGUACAUUAUGGGACAAUCGGGUCAGCACGAGCUGAAUGAUCA